GCGAUACUCGGCUGGUCACGCCCACCUCCCCCACUCUGGUGCCGGGGCAGACGUCAUCAAACGGCGCGAGGCGAGAGCGCCAAAAUGGCGGCGCUGGCUUUGGCGAGGGCGGGGCUCCGGAAAGAAACGGCGCCGAGGAUUCUCCUCAGCAUCAGACGGAGCCCGGUCUCAACGGACGCCGUCUCUUUGGAGCCCAGAUCCCCAGGGGUUGAGGAGUCCCGUGAGGAAUAUCGCUUUGUGGAGAGGCUCAUCCCUCCCACCCAAGUCCCGGAGCCCCCAAAGCACGGGAAAUACCCCACGCCCUCCGGAUGGAGGCCUCCGCAAGAUCCAGCUCCUGACCUGCCUUUCUUUGUCCGCCGGUCGCGGAUGCACAACGUCCCCGUUUACACGGACAUCACCCACGGGUGCAGAAAGAUGACCGUCAUCCGGAAGAUCGAAGGCGACAUCUGGGCCCUUGAGAAGGAAGUGAAGGCCUUCCUGACCGAUCUGUCUGGAGAGACGCCCCUGACGCAAGUCAACGAAGUGGCCUCCAGCCUCCGCAUCAAGGGCUACUUUGACAAGGAAUUAAAGGCCUGGCUGGUGGACAAAGGCUUCUGAUUCAGAAGAAUAAUAAAAAAGGGGGAGAAACUUGUAAGAGAAUCAUUAUUGAUCAUAUUAGGUUUCCUAGUUCUGUUUGCUUUAAUAAGAAGAGACAACUUGAAAAUAAAUGAUUAAAAACCA